UUGAUGAUAUUGUCAAUUUGGUUUGACUCAGCAGGAUGUUAGUCAUAUUAGUCAACUUCCCAAACCACUUCAGGCCAGUUCCUAGCAGCAGACGAGCAUGUUUUGCGCACUUUAAGUCAGAUUUUCUUUCUCAUGGAGUUUUAGAGGAUAAAAGUCACCAUGUUAGAGGUUUUCAUUAUGACCUCUACCCCACAAACAGCCAGGCUGAUUUCAUGCAUAUGAGCUCUUGCUGGAUGUGUUUUCAGAGUUCGAGUCAAGCGUCUCAAAUGGAGACAGAAGCCAUGGAUGUCCAACAGCAGGACGGAGGGCAGGACAGUCCUGUUCACACAACACAACCAAAGGCCACCGGCAAACCUGAAGACACAGGUCCUGUCCUGACUGAGACUGUUCACAGCGGAAGCAACGAGUCGCUGAUAGAUGGUGUUACAACCAGUGAUGAUGCUUUACUGCUUCCUGAUCAUAUACCUACAAUUUCACACAAAAUAGAUAAAGGCAAUGUGAAGCCCUGUCUUCCCAAUGGCACUUCUCCAGUAGUCAAUGGGUGCGCUGUGACCUGUUCACCUCCUGCUUCUUCACCACAAGUUUCGACAUCUCGUCCUGCAGCACAACAGAAAUGCAACCCACAUGCAAAAUGCAACGGACACAAACAACCUCCCAGAAAACAAAUGUCCUCCACCUCCCAGAGCCAGAAGAGUUUCAACGGCGAUGCGACUCAGAUUCAGAGAGUGGCUGGAGAUGAUUGCUGUGCGCACUGUAUACUGGCCUGCCUGUUCUGCGAGGUGCUGUCCUGGUGUUCGGCCGUGGCUCAGUGUUUGGCCUGUGGUCUAGAGUGUGAUGCUCUCUGCUGCUGUGGUGAAGCGGCCGGCGGAGGUCUGGCCUGCUGCGCUGAGGACUCCUGCUCUGCCCUGCUGGAUUGUGGGAUACUGGAGGACUGCUGCCAAUCUUCAGACUGUCUGGAGAUCUGCUUGGAAUGCUGCUCCAUCUGUUUCCCUGCCUGAAAACACAAUGAUAUCAAGCACUCGAAGGACUGUAAGCAUCGGGAUUUACAGUAUCUUUUAUUGUUUAUCCUGCAUUUUGUAUUUAUUUUGUAUGAAGAAUUCAUUUGUUGGACUGUUCUGCACGAGGUUACUUUCUGAAUUCUGACAAGCCAUACAACCAAAAUCAAAAGGUUUGCUGUUACUCACCCCUUUAUCCAAGAUGUAGGUUUAUUAUUAUUAUUUUUAUUGUCAGCAGGGAGAGCAAGUAUUGAACACGUCAUGUUUUUUUCUGGGAAUAAUAUUUCUAAAGGAGCUGUUGACAAGGAGUUGAACCAGAUUUUGGUAAAAACCCCAAAAAUACAAACAUUAAACUAUAACAAAACUAAAAUCUGAAAAAUAAGUUCUGUGUAAUUACAAUCGAAUGACAGAAAGAGAAAGUCCUGAACUCAGGUUUUUCUGAGUUUUUCCACAGACUUUAACAGUGUAAAGAUCUUGAUGGUUCUGUGGGUCUCGUCUAUUAAAUCUGAUCUAGCAUUUUCUAUUGGAUUCGAGUUAGGCAAUUGGCUGGGCCAUUCUACAGCUGGAUUUUCUUUCUCUGAAAGCAUUUGAGAGUUUCCUUGGCUGUGUUUUGGAUCAUGUGAUAAUAAAAAUGUGUGUAAAUGGACAAACCAGCAGGCUGAGCACAUCGGACUAGAACCUCUUCGUCACAGUCAACUCUGCUCCGCAUCCCAGGUCCGCCGACAUACACGGCAAGCUACUGGGUAGACUGGUAACACCAGAAAGGCCACCCAUGCGGAGGUAAGUAGUCAGCUGGUAGCACGAAAAGGAACAGAAGCCGUUAGCUGCAUCAUACCGCCCUGUAGCGUUCAUUUUAAAGACGAAAUUCAUUUAGACGGACCUCUGGCUACAAAAUUCGUGCUCUAGAGAAUUGUAUACAGGAGUACAUCUACACAAUGAGCCUGUGUUGACAUUUUUGCAAAUCUGAAAUAGGUUACUUUGGGUGCAUUUUGUUAUAUGUUUUGGAUACACAUCUCUCUUGUACAUGUCAAGGAGAAGGCGGAGCUUGUCAUACAGAUUACCCAGCGAACCACUGACUUAAACCUCUCCCUAAACCUAACCAAUAGUGUUGUUAAAAGCAUAUGUUGGAGAAAAGACAUAUUCGAUAAUAUAUAGUAGACAAUGUCACGUUGUUUUGUGGUAUUUAUGUAUGUGGUGUUGUGCAAAGAACUGCAUGAAAAUAAUAAAUUAUUCUUCAAUAAUAUGUUCCUGUUAAUAUCAUUAGUGAGAAAAUGAACAGAAGUUGUUGACGUCAUACCGCCUUGUAGUGUUCAUUU